ACCGGCUCUGGAAUCCUUUUUUUUUCUUUUUGACUUGCCACCCCACCGAACCCAACCUUCCCAGAGAAGCCUCUCUCUGCGAGCGACUGGCCCAAUCCUCCACUCACCCCGCUGCCUUCCUUCCUCGUCCUAACCUAUCUCGUCUGCUUUAAGCAAGCAAACCAUCUCCUCCUCCGCUUGGCAAUUCCCGAAACGCGAACCAGAGGGAGAAGGGCUCCUUUGCGGCGGCGACGAGAACGAGAAAGAAAGGAAUAGAGGAAGAAGAAGGAUGUGCUGCGAGUGCGACUGCGAGUGCCGGCCGCUGGGCUGGCUGCUGGGCCUCCCCUUCGCCUUUCUUUCCCUCCUCAUCUCCAUCGUCGGCGCCGCCGUCUGGAUCGUCGGGUUACUGCUGUCGUGCAUCUGCCCCUGCUGCCUGUGCGUGACCAUCCUGGUGGAGUUCGCCAUCGAGCUCAUCAAGGCGCCGCUCCAUGUCAUGAGGUGGUUCACUUCCCAGAUCCCCUGCUAGUAUUCUUUGAUAGUUCGGUCCUCCAUAAGACGGAUGUUGUGCUUCAGAAGAUUCAUAAUACACAGAGAGAGGUGGAGGAGGAGGAGGAUUGAUCCGUGUUUGCUGCAGAUGUUGAUUCGUCUUCCAUGUGAUGUUUCUUAUAAUCAUUCAUCGGAUACUCGCCCUUUUUGCUUGGAUUCA